AAAUUCUGCACGAUUGCCCACCACUCACUUCUCCUACCAUGGGGCAUGUGUGGCCUCCACUUCCAUCUCUUGUAAAAUGUUGGUGAGUGUGAUAAAAAAUGAUUGACUCUUUUAUUCGAAAGUCGUGCAAAACCUCUAUCGACGCUCUGAUGUGUGCCUCUGAUGAAUUUCUUUCGUGGACAAAAUACAGCAGCCAGUCAGUCAGCAAAGAACCGCAGAGUGGUUCAGUUGGGUUCAAUUUGAGGCUGGUGGUUGUAGCCUGGCAAUUUUAAUUCAAGAAGUUUUUUUUUACAUUGAGUGAGUUGUUGUUGCAUUUCCAGUGUGAGUGCCUCACUUUGGAUUAGAUUCAAUUGGCUCGAGCACAGAAGGAACUAUUAGUGAGGAAAAUUCCUCAAAAGAAGGAGAAGAACUUGAGAGAGGAAAAAACCAGAUCUAGAUAGAGAAUUUGAAGUGCUUGAAACUUGCCCGAGGAAAUUGCCCAAUUUCCUGCUGAGGACAUCAUUAAGUGUGAUUUAAUGUGCCUUUAGCAAUGGGAAUGUAGCGAUUUUAUGCAUCGAGUUUUAUAUGCGUCUUUAAUAUAUCUCAUCAAGCACAGUGAAGUGUCAGUUUUCAUGCUGAAAUAAAAUUAAUUCGCAAUCAAACGGAUUUUUCUCAAGUUGUGCGAAAAAAAAGUGAAUUUGCAACCAAGAUUCGUCUCUUGGUGACUUUUCUCGGCUCUCGUGCCAACUCCCACGCAAAAAAGUGAAAGACACAGAAGAUUGUGGAUCUCUUUGGCAAUUUUCCGCAAAGUGCGUGCGCAUAACUUCUCCGAAAAAAAUGAUUACAAGAAUUCUCGCUGUCCUUUUGGCAAGUCUGCUGCAAACGCAUGCACAAUAUUUUCCAUUCCACAAUGAUGUGUCGGAUCGAUGUGCCCUCCUCCUCACGGGACCACCUCGUUCAUCAGCCUUCGACUAUAACUUCAAUUUACUGAGAGGAACACCCAUAAUUCCUUACACAGUGGGUCAGACGUGUAUCACAUACGAUGCCAUCAAUGCCGCAUAUGUCGAUGCCCGGAAAAGAAUACAUGUAUCGCAGCCAAAAGGUGACUGGAAGCCGGAAGAUAUUGCCACUGUUGGUGAACUACUGCUGGACAUAUCCAUUCAACUAGCGCGCACGUAUGGGCUGUCGUAUGAGGACAUCGAGAAGGGUUUACCGCACAUUGAUACCUCCAAGACACAUAUUCGUGAAGUCUGCCCACCUUUCCUGUCCGGAGUGGACUGCCGUCCUGGCAAGUACAGACGCUUCGAUGGGCUGUGCAAUAAUCUCGAGAAUCCAACAUGGGGUGCCGCCAAUACGCCCUUCCAGCGCCUCGUUGGACCCCUCUACUCAGACGGUAUCAAUGCCCCGCGAAUCAGUAUCACAGGUCACGAGCUCCCCUAUUCACGUGUUGUAUCGCGAACGAUGCAUCCCGAUGAUGGAUUCCACGAUCACGCUGGUACGGUGAUGGUGAUCGCUUGGGGACAAUUCAUGGAUCAUGACUUCACGCUCACGGCCACGCCACUGGAUCCGAUUAAUCGCAAUGAUCCCGAGGAGUGCUGCAAGCGACCACCACAUCUCAAGCAUCCCUACUGCAAUGAGCUCCGCAUUCCGGACGACGAUUACUUCUACAGGUUGUUCAACGUGAAGUGCAUUGACUUCGUGCGGGGCUUCCCAUCACCACGACCUGGCUGCCGUCUUGGGUCACGACAGCAAUUCAACACACUCACGGGAGUCAUUGAUGGGAAUACCGUGUACGGUGUUACGGAGAAAUUUGCCAGGAAGCUGAGAGCUGGCUUUGGGGGGCUGAUGCGGAUGAAUCCUGUCUUCGCGGAAUACGGUCUCAAGGAUAUGCUGCCACUGAAGCUGGAUAUUCCCGAUGAGGGAUGCACAAGGCCCAAUAAGAGUAUGUUCUGCUUUGAAGCUGGAGAGAUUCGUGUCAAUGAACAGCUUGUGCUCACGUGCAUGCACACCCUAAUGGCCAGGCAGCAUAAUAAACUUGCCACGGAAUUAGCUCAAAUUAAUCCUCAUUGGGACGACGAGACGCUCUUCCAGGAAUCCAGACGUAUUAACAUCGCCAUCAUUCAGCACAUUACCUACAAUGAAUUCUUGCCAAUUCUCCUGGGCAAGGAAGUUAUGGAGAAAUUCGGUUUGGUGCUGCAGAAGGAAGGCUACUGGGAUGGCUAUGAUGCUCACAUUAAUCCCGCCAUUAUUGAUGCCUUUGCCGCAGCUGCCUUCCGCUUUGGACACUCCCUCCUGCCCACAGCUGUUGAACGUUGGUCCAAGGCACACAAAUUCAUUGCUUCGAAGAGAUUGUCAGACCUCAUCCGUCGUCCGUAUGAUCUCUACAGAGCUGGGGUAUUUGAUGAGUACUUCAUGGGGCUGAUGAAUCAAGUGGCACAGGCUAUGGAUGACUCAAUCACGCAGGAAGUCACAAAUCAUCUGUUCAAGAAGGAAGGACAUCGUUUCGGGAUGGAUUUGGUGUCCUUCAACAUGCAACGAGGCAGGGAAUUCGGUCUGCCUGGGUACAUGGAGUUCAGGAAGUUCUGUGGCCUGCCAACGUCUAAUACUUGGGAUGAGAUGUUUGGAUCUAUGCCCAAUGAUACCAUCAGGAGAUACGAGAGCAUUUUCCAGCAUCCUGCUGACAUUGAUUUAUGGUCUGGUGGGGUCUCCGAGAGGUCUCUACCCGGCUCCAUGCUUGGCCCCACUUUCGCUUGCGUCAUCGCAACACAAAUGAGCUACUCACGGCGCGGAGAUCGCUUCUGGUACGAAUUGCCAAAUCAACCGUCAUCCUUCACGCCAGAGCAAUUGCAGGAGAUCAGGAAGAUCAAGCUGUCGCGCUUGAUAUGUGACAACACCGAUCUCAUUGAUACCAUCCAAAUAUACCCAAUGGUUCUGCCUGAUCAUGAGAUUAACCCCCGUGUGCCAUGCAAGAGUGGAAUUAUUCCAUCAAUCGAUCUGACCAAGUGGGCAGAUUAUGGACAUUCACCAGACUACUCACCUCAUCAAUAUCAAUAUUUCAAUGAGCUUCACGAUACCGUGCCAUUUUAUGCCAACAAUUACCUGAGUUUCAAGAGGAAGAGACGUAGUACGGACUCACAGACGGAAGAGUAUCGUCUGUAUACGAUUUAUGGGCCAGCUAAGAAUGUCACAAAGGGAAAUGGGCGAAGGAAGAAGGUCAGGACGACGACAACGGAGGCUCCCAAGGAGGCUCUUGAAGCAGCAGAUUUAGCCAAUGAUGAAUUCUUCUUUCGCAACAUGAAGCGACCACCGAAGAAGGAUAAGAGUAUCCGUGAUCAAGUUGAGAUCUUCCGGGAGGGUGCUGAUUACAGUGUUGAGAGCGACAAAGAGAUUGAAGAUGAUCAUGAGACUGAAGAUCGCGAUCACAGUUCACACGAAAGUGAUCGCAGCCAAGAAGAUCGAAGAAAAAAUCAUAAAGAUCACGAGACAGAUGAUCAUGAAGAUCACGAAGAACACAGAGGCACAACAUCCAGCAAGAUCGACCCAAAUUCCAGAGAAUCAUUCGUGGAUUUCUUCAAGAAUGCCGACAAGGGCUUCCUGGCUGAAUUCAAUGAGCAAUUCAAUCGAAAUAGUAGACUGACGGACGGAGAUGGCGACAAGACGUCUUCGUCCCCCGAGGAGGCGGCUGAAAAGUGGGUGGAAGACCUAAAGAAUCGCGAUAUAAUAUCGGAAUUCAAUGAGCGUAUCAACAACAGACCCCACAGGCGGCAUACUAAGCAGAAAAUUCCCAAAUAUCAAUCAUCAAAUUUCACUCAUUUGUAAAGAAAGUGAUCCUCUCAUAAAUAAAUUGCCUGUAAUUUGUCCCUC